AUGUCUGACGAGGAAUCCAUUGAUACUGAAUCUAUAUAUGCAAAACUAACAAGGGCAUUUGAAGAGCAGAAGGAAGAUCCAGUCACUUUGGUGACGAUCAUCGACAUGUAUGGACAGGAAAUUAACGAAGAUGGUUCAAUUGAUGAAAAGAACAAGUAUCUAGAACAUCUCUGUUCAUUACUAAAUGAUAAUCCACAUAUAUUAAGAGAAAUUAGUUGGGACCUGCCAAAGGGUUUGUUGGAGUUCCUUUCGUUGGAAAAUAUUGAUGUUCAUAAACGAUUAGCCGAUAGUAGUAUUGUUUCAAAUGUGAUGAAAUGUUUCAACGAAAUUGCAAUCAAUGGAAAUCCAAAAGAAUGUCUGUUAGCUGCUUGUGAAUUACUCUCAGAGCUUACUGUUGAGCCUGUCAUGGAAAAUGAAACAGAGGAAGAAGAAGGUGGGAAGGAUAACAAGAAGACCGAUGGUGAUGAAACACCAACUGAUUUGAAUAGCAGUGAUUACAUUGAAAGGGACUUAACUGAGUUUAUUCCAUCCUUGAAAGUAUAUGCCAUUUUUCAAUUAUUAAAUUCUACAUUGGGAAGGAUCAUUACCUUGUACCCAUCCAAGUUUUUAAAUAUGGCGAUAUCUGCCAUAAUGAAGUUUAUGGCAACUAAUAUCAAUGAUAUUGCUGAUGUUACAUUUCUCUUGCGUCGAAUUCAUGAAUUUUGUAAUAACUAUGACGUGCAUGCGCCUGACAGGAAACUUAUUGAUGGUAGUGAUCUUAACGACGAGGAGAUUAAAAAAUUAACUGAUGACGAAUUCGAUCUACAAAAUAAAUUAAUAAAGGAGUUAUUUUGUUCUGCCUUAUCGAUAUGUUUAAAAAACCAACCAACCACGUUUGACGUUAAAUAUUUUGAAUCGCUCACUCAUCAAAAAUUCGAAGAAUCAGAACACUAUGCUGUGAUAAGAACACAGUAUCUUGGACUGGUUAAUAAAUAUAAAAUUGAUAUUAAGGAAGAAUUCCUACAAUGUCUCCAAGAGUCAAGACAGAUUUAUGAAUCAUUACCAUCAGAUAUCGAUGAAUCCGAUGAAAAGAAAAAAAGUGCCCUAAAUCAAGUAAUUUAUCAAUUAUCAUAUAGAUAUCAAAUGCAGAAAAUAUCUAAUCAGGACACACUUGAAAUAGAUUUCAAUAGCAUAAUCUUAUUAUCUGGUUCAUAUUAUGCGGAAACAGGGCUUCAUUUACUACCACAGAUCAGCAUUCAGGACGCUGUAUAUCUCUACUUGCGUUGUUCCACGAUCUCAUUAUAUUCAGAUACAUUUUCGAACGAAGCAGUGAAAGGUGUUACAAGAUACUGGCUUUGGGUUGCUAUUACCCAAUCGCCCAUAAAGGAAAUUGAACAAAACUUGUUAAAGAUUCCCUCUCAUUUUAAUACCGUUUUCUUGCAAAUGCUGCUAUUGAAUAAUUGUAAUGAAAAGGAUGGCAAGAUAAGGAUGGCAACCUUCACAUUAUUGACCCGUAUACUCUGCUUGAUGCCUGAAGAUUUAUCAUUUCAAUUUAUAUUGGACACAUUAUUGACAUGCCCAUAUAAUAGUGCUAAAUCCAGUGUCUUGGCCAUUCUGAAGGAUCUGAUGUUAAAGGAUAACCAAAUAUCGAAACCAUUAGAGGAGGAAUUAUCCACUUUGGAUAUUUCGUCAGAGAAGAACAAGGGCCCCACAUUGCCACCACGGCCAUAUAUUCUAAUCAAUGAGGAUAGAAUGGCGUCACUUCACAGUGUUGCCUCCAUGUGUAUUUCUAAUUUGAAACUCUUGGACAAUCCCAACAAGAGAACUGAAUUAUCAUUAUUGCUAAACUAUAUGAAUUUCUUCAUAAGUCUAAGGUAUAAGUGGAACGUUAAUCUAUUACAAAUUAUCCACGACGAAGUGGAUGCAAAACUGGCUGGUGUGGAAGAUGAAGCUGCCCCUGAGUUGGGAUUCAUAAAGAUUGCUAAUGAGACAUUAAGCAAAUAUUUGACAGAACACAAAUAG